AUGAACCAGCGCAGCCUGAAUGUUGCAAAAGGAGUGUUCAAUCUGGUGUGCAACGACACGAAUAGAAUAAGAAUGGAGAACUGCAUGCACCUCACUCCUUAUCGAAGUAGGUUUCCUACACCUUGUUACAUUGUUAAAAAAAACUUUCAGUCCAGCAAACCGCAUUCCAAAGGCAAAGACAAGAGAUGCCAUGGUCAUGCACAAACGUGGAGAGCUACACGUUCGACAAAAGCAUCAGUCUGGAGGCCGAAUUCGUGGUCGUUGAUUUCGUCAGGACCAGGGACCAAGGAUUCAUCCUCAACGCGGAUGUUGAAUGGCCUUGCUACCCCGACGUGAAACGUUUAUUGGUUGGAAUGAGCAGGGCCAAGCGAGCGCAGGUGAUUUUGGCGUCCGUGGACGAUGAGAAAGCACGUCGCAACCCAACCACAACGCUGGAGAUACUGGCACACCACCACAUGUGGAAUCGACACCGGAAGCUGCUAUACGUCAACUUGUAA